CGGGGGGAGUUCGUUCAGUAAUGGAAAUUGGACCGUCCCCGCUGUGUCGGCGUGCCAUAAAGCAGCACUGUGUGCCUCACGUGCGUAGAUUCAGCGUCUACUCUCCUCCACAGUCCAGUGAGGAGCUGUAAGGAGCGCUGGGCAGCUCAGAGGAGGGCUACUGCGUGCGUCCCUUUCCAAGCCAUGAGCCGAGCAGCUAAAGACUUGGACAGAAGGAAACAGCAACAGCGACAACAACAAGCAACAAGCAACAAGCAACAAGGAGGCCCAGAGCUGAUGCACAAUGGAAAACAUCUGCUUGCAAAAGACAUGUUUCUGCUGAGCGGCUUCUGAACCAGAGUCAAGGACAUAUUUCUUCUCCUUUGGAGCCAUACAGACAUCAGCACUUAAAAGCACGGCAAAGACAAUCCUCCCCCUGCCUCCCCAGCAUCUCCAUGUUACAAUGAGACACAUCGAUACUUUUCUUCCUCCCUCUUCACUUCUUCUUCUCUUUUUCUCAAUCUCUCCAUGACUGGCUUCCACUGUUGGACUGUGUUGGGAUUGGCACAUCUGUGCAGAGAACUGCAGGAGGUUUCCCAGGAAUUCUGCUGAUUCUGAUUUGGACUCAUUCUGAUUCGGACUCUGAUUCUGACUGACUGGACUUUUGACUCCUAACUAGAUUCCUGUUACCCCUGGGGUGGCUCAGGGGUUUUCCCAGGAAUUCCGCAGCACUAGCAGGGGCUCAAAAGGGGCAUAAAGGAGGUGGAUUAGGGCCUCUAUUUGCCCCCACCCUCCCCUACCCACACACACUCAUAGUCACACACUCACACACAUCACUGACCUCUCCCAAUGCUCAGUGACACUAAGACUCCUGAGCUGGAGGGGGAGGAGGAGGAGGAGCGGGCGAGGGAGGAAGGCCCACCACAGAGCCCAAACGCGUGCGUGCACACACUCAGCCCCUGCAUGAGCGUGCACGUGCACGUGAGCGCCGACAUGGACGCGGACGCCAACGGCAAGACCAAGAGGAGGAGCGCGGAGCUGCUGUGGCCCAAGCACGCGCCGGCAGAACUCUGCAGCGCCACCGAGCGCUACCUGCGGCUCCAGUCGUGUCCAGAGGCCGGCCCGGAGCCCUGGAGCAGAGCCUCGCCAGACAGGGACAUCAGCUCCCUCAGGAGCCUCUCGGAACCCGGCUCACCGUCGGCCAGGAACGGGUGGAUGGGCCACGACGGCAUCUUUGGGGACGACGAGGCGGGCGUCGUGGUGUUUGACUGCUUGGCGAGCCCGCAGCUGACCUCCGACAUGCCCACCUCAGAGGGCGGCUUUGCCAGCAGCGCCGGCGGGCAUCAGCAAGCGGCUGGCAAGAGGGAGCGCUCCACCCUGCUGGUGCGCCGGUUCUACCGGAACAACCAGCAGGUCCGCAAGUCCGUCUGGACCGGAACCAGAGCUAUCGUCCGCGCUCUGCCCAGCGGAAGCAUCGGCGAGCUGGCGCGGGACGCCAUCCUGAAGCACGCCCGGGGGGUACGGGACCGGCAAGGCCUCACGCACGUCGUCAUGAGGUGGCACAGCCAGCGCGUGGGCAUCAGUCUGCAUGGGCAUCAGCAGGAACGCGUGGCAGUCUCGGGGCUCGGACACCUGCUGCUGGAGGUGGUCCAUUGGGUAAUAGGAGAGUGUAGUGGAUGUGAGAGCUGUCUUCUCCACCCGUGUCAGAGACGGCUGUCCACUCAGUCCCUCGUGUGUGUGUGUGGCUCGUGUGUGUCGUUGGUGCUCCGCGCGCCGGACGCCUCUCUCUACUGGGCCGUGUCUCAGCGGACCUGCGCCUCGUCCCGCGUUUCCGGAGCCUUCCAGGAGGCCGUGGCGUCUCUCGGGAUCGGAGGGGGGAGUCGCAGCUGCCCGCCCUCUUUCAACUCCAGCUCUCCUUCUCGUGCCAUGGCAACAGAGCGUCAGCUGAGUUCCCCCAUGGCAGGCUGUAGCGGUGGUGGAGGUGGCGUGUCUUCCCCGACGGGCUCUGGCGUUAGCGUUAGCGGUGGCGUUAGCGGUGGCGUUAGCGGCGGCGUCGGCGGCGUGGUGAGCGGCAUCAGUAAGGAGCUGGUGGAGCUGCGUCACCUGAUCCAGUUCCCGGAGGAGAUCGCCGCCGUGCUCACGGAGCAGGAGCUGCAGCUGUACCGCCGCGCGCUGCCCCUCGACUACCUCAGCUUCCUCACGCACGACCUCACGCUGCCCCACGCCACCACCCAACACCACCACCACCACCACCGCCUGGGGCAUGGCCAGGCGCAGGGGCAGAUGGCGCCGCUCGGAGACGGGCAGAGCCAGGGCAGCACCCAGCAACAGCAUGCCCAGCUCAGGGUGUCUGUGUCUGCCCCCAAUAUGCCCGUCUGUAACCAGCAGUCCAGCGCUGUGGAGGACCUGGUGUCACGCUUUAAUGAGGUGAGUUCAUGGGUGACGUGGCUGAUCCUGACUGCAGGCACUAUAGAGGAGAAGAGGGAGGUGUUCUCCUACCUGGUGCACACAGCCAGGUGCUGUUGGAACAUGGGCAACUACAAUGCUGUCAUGGAGUUUCUGGCAGGACUCAGGUCCCGUAAGGUGCUGAAGAUGUGGCAGUUCAUGUCCCAGACGGACAUCGAGACCAUGCGGCGGCUGAAGGACGCCAUGGCGCAGCACGAAACGUGCGCCGAGUACCGGCGGGCACUGAAUCGGGCGCGGAACAUCCCGGGCUGCAGGGUGGUGCCGUUCUGUGGGGUGUUCCUUAAGGAGCUGGCCGGUUCCCUCGAGGGAACCGCCAGCCUUAUCAGCCUGCGGCCACGUGAGGACUCCAUAGAGUUUGUGUCAGACUACACCGGUCAGGAUCACUUCCUGCAGAGGGUGGGGCCAGACGGCCUGACCAAUCAGGAGAAGGAGGGGACGGUCAGCAACAUCCUGCAGACAAUCCGCAGCUGCCACCGCAGCCUGGAGGCGGAGGAAGGGGAGGAGCCAUUCAGCAACGGGAACGCCCCCUCCAGACAAAACUCCCUGAGAGAACGAAGCCGCAAUCAUUCACUGUCAUUCAGGACUUCCACCGAACCAAAACGUGUUCAGUUUACCGUGGGCGACCUCUCCGACUCCGAGACUGACCUAUCGGAUCAGUCCAAGGUGGAGGCGGACUUCCAGGGCGUGGAGGAGACCCAGAGGGCGUUCGGACACGGCACGGAGCUCAUCCCCUGGUACGCGCUGUCCAUCCGGGCCGACGUGCACCAGUUCCUGCUGCAGGGCGCCACGGUCAUCCACCACGAGCAGGACACCCACCAGACCGCCCGCUGCCUGCUCAAGCUGCAGCCCGACAACUGCUUCCUCACCUGGGCCAAGAUCCACAGCAGCUGCCCCUCCAACGGACGCCUCCGGAGCCCAGGGGGCAGCAGCGCGGACUUCCCCCACGUCCGGCCCCAGUGGUGCGGUCAGUCGGUGCUGUGCGGCCUGGCCGACGGCUUCCUGGACCUGGGCGUGGUCAAGGCCGUGUUCCUGGGCCACCCGGGCGCCGACGUGGCGAGCGUGUGUGCCCAGAACAAGCUGCCCGCCGCGCUGAGCGCCCACGACGGCGCCCUGACGCUGCUCUACGGCACACACACCACGGAGAACCGGCUGCUGCACUUCGUGGGGCCGAGCCACACGGUGCGCACGCUGCACGACGGCCUCUCACGACUGGUCAGCGCGCUGCGCAGGAUGAGGACGUUCCCUGACCAGAGGCUGCACUGGCUCAGGAGGCAGUACGUCAACCUCUACCAGGAGGACGGGAGGUAUGAAGGGCCGACGCUAGCACAAGCCAUUGAGUUAUUUGGUGGGCGGCGAUGGAACAACCCACUCAACAUGACAGCCAAUCAGAAGAGCAGCUCCCUCACAACAGCGGCCAAUCACAAAAGCAGCACACUCAUCAUGAACACCAACAAAAAGAAGAAAAAAGCUCUCAUGCGGGGAGACAGCGGAGACGCCACAGAUGAUGAAAUGGUCUCUAGAAAGGUGAAGAACAGUCGAGAGGUUCUGGGCAGAAGUGGAUCGGAUCCGUCAGACAGUGUAGACCAAGAUGAGCUGGAUGACAGUGGUUCAUUUGGUCUACCUGGACCCUUCUCCCUGUCGGUCAGUAAGGCCCUACCACUUAGUGCCUCUUCCUCCUCAACCUCCUCUGCCUCAUCGUCCAACAACAGCCUCUCAGCAUCCGCCAGCACAGGUAACUGGUCGGGGCGCAUGCUGGCGGGGCGAGGGAAGAGUUCCUUGAAGAGCUUCGAGAACCUGAUGGGUUCCGACUCCACCAUGAGCUUCAGCGAGUUUGUGGAACUCUUCAAGUCCUUCAGCGUCCGCAGUCGUAAGGACCUGAAGGAGCUCUUUGAUGCCCAUGCAGUACCCUGCAGUCGUGCUGCCAGCGACGCUGUGCCACUCUACACCAACCUGAGCAUCGACGACAAACUCAGCAGCAGCUCACAGCCUGAUCUAGACCUGCUGACCCGUACUGGGGCGGACGUGGGCUUGUCUCUGCGUGCGCGGGCCCCCGUGUCGGACGGUCAGAGGCAGAUCUGGGACGCCAUCGCGGCGUCCAGCAUUGUGUCCAACGGGACGGGCGUGGAGAGCGCCUCGCUGGGCACGCAGGCCUGGGGCAUCGGCCAGCUCAACGCCUUCCUGGUCAACUACCAGCGCGAGAACCACACCUAUGACCAGACGCUCAGCAUUAUACAGAGGUUUGAGCCGUGUCCCAAAAUGCGACAGAUGGGCUGGAUGUCCUUUGAAGGCUUCGCCAGGUUUCUGAUGGACAAGGAUAACUUUGUGUCCAAGCUGGAGGAGAGCCAGGUGAGCGUCCAGGACCUGCAGCACCCCCUGUCCUACUACUACAUCGAGUCCUCGCACAACACCUACCUCACCGGGCACCAGCUCAAGGGAGAGUCGUCCGUGGAACUCUACAGCCAGGUGCUGCUGAAAGGGUGUAGGAGUGUGGAGUUGGACUGCUGGGAUGGAGAUGACGGCAUGCCCAUAAUCUACCACGGCCACACACUCACCACACGCAUCCCCUUCAAAGAUGUGGUGGAGGCGGUGAACCGCUCUGCCUUCGUGACCUCUGACCUCCCCGUCAUCCUCUCCAUAGAGAACCACUGCUCUCUGCCUCAGCAGCGCAAGAUGGCCGACAUCUUCAAGACGGUGUUCGGGGACAAACUGGUGACUAAGUUCCUAUUCGAGAGUGAUUUCUCCGAUGAUCCUCUGCUGCCGUCCCCAUGGCAACUACGAGGGAAGAUCUUGCUGAAAAAUAAAAAGUUGAAAGCCCACCAAGCUCCUGUGGAUAUCCUCAAACAGAAGGCUCAUCAGCUGGCGUCUAUGCAGGCUCAGGCGAGUAACGGCCCAAUGUCAGGCACCUCCCCCGGUGCCAACGAGGAGGAAGAGGAGGAGGAAGAUGAGUACGACUACGAUUACGAGUCUCUGUCUGACGCUGACGUCCUCAUAACCUCUCCUGUUUUGUAUGGGCAAGAAGACAACAUUCUGGAAGACCGGCCAGAAGGGAAACUGUCAUCGUCGGGGGAAAAAUUCCAGUUUGAAUCAAGUGAUGAAAUCCCUAAGAGGGUCAAGAAAGGAGAAGGAGCCCAUCAGAAUAAAGGAAAGAUCUUUGACAUGGACUUGGGUGAGGAGUUCAAUCUGCCACGCAGUAAAAAAGAGGGACGACAGAUUGCUCAGGACCUCUCCGAUCUCAUCAUCUACUGCCAGGCCGUCAAGUUCCCAGGGCUCUCCACUCUAACUCCGUCUGGUUCGGCCAGAGGCAAGGACAGAAAGAGUCGGAAGUCUAUCUUUGGGAACGCUCCUGGAAAAAGCCUCCCAGGAGAGCCAGUUCCCUUGACACGGCCCUCAGGGAAAGGCAUGCUAGAGAGCUCCCGCCAGAGCUGGGAGGAGCCCACGUCUCCGUCGAUGAGCCCGUCUCCGUCGCUGAGCUGGCUGAUCCGCACGCCCAAGUGCUACCACGUGAGCUCGGUGAACGAGAACGCGGCCAAGCGCCUGUGCCGCCGCUACUCCCACAAGCUGAUGCAGCACACGCGCUCCCAGCUGCUGCGCACCUACCCCGCCGCCACGCGCAUCGACUCCACCAACCCCAGCCCCCUGCUCUUCUGGCUGCACGGCAUCCAGCUGGUCGCCCUCAACUACCAGACCGACGACCUGCCUCUGCAGUUGAACUCGGCCCUGUUUGAGAGUGGGGGCAGCUGUGGCUAUGUUCUGAAGCCUGCCGUGUUGUGGGAUAAGAACUGCCCGCUCCACCGCCACUUCUGCCCGCUGGACAGAGACCUGGAGGGGCUGUGCCCUGCCCAGUUCUCCCUCACUAUCAUCUCCGGGCAGAACGUGUGUCCCGGAAACACGGCCGCCAGUCCGUGCGUGGAGGUGGACGUCCUGGGAAUGCCGGCGGACGCGGCGCACUUCCGCACGAAGGCAGCGCACCGGAACGCGCUGAACCCCAUGUGGGGCCAGAGCUUCACGUUCCCCGUGGUCAUGGAGGACCUGGCCUUCCUGCGCUUCACCGUGGUGGAGCACAGCAGCUCACAGCUCACCGCCCAGAGGAUCCUGCCCAUCAGAGCGCUCAGGACAGGCUACAGACACCUCCAGCUGAGGAACCAGCACAAUGAGAUCUCUAGCCUCUUCAUCUACAGCCGCAGGGCCGACGAAAACACCACCGGCAACACCUUACCAGCCGCCUGGUUGUUCAGUACGGAGGAGCGGCGGGCGGCGGUGCAGUACAAGGUGACGGUGCAUGGAGCCCCGGGCCCUGAGCCCUUCAGCGUGGUGUGUGUGACCGAGAGGACCACCGUCUCACAGCUCAUCAGCAAACUGCUGUCCUCCUGCUCCCCUCCCCCUGACGUGUUCCUGCUGGAGGAGAGGCAGGCGCUGACGCGGGAGCGCGGGGAGCGAGGGGAGGCGCGGGGAAAGCCCACGCUGCAGAGGGUCCUGGGCCCCGAGGAGGAGGUGCUCAAGGUGCUCAACAGCUGGAACCCGGAGGACGGAUACCUCGCCCGCCUGUGCCUCAAGACCAAAGACGAGCGUGUGCCAGAGAGGAGCCCGGUCCCGGAGAGAGCCGAGGAUCUCAGCGGCGGCGUCAUGGAUGAGGACUCGUUCCUGGUGCACGUUCACGACGUCUCUCCUGAGCAGCCGCGCACCGUCAUCAAAGCCACGCGCCACAGCACGGCGCAGGACAUCAUUCACCAGACUCUGAGUAAAACCAAGCACUCCAGCGGUACCCUGUCUCCACCUGAUGCCAGUCACUACGUGCUGAUGGAGGAGGUUGCCAAGGAGAUGCCGGGCAGGAGGGCCCCACCCAAGUCGGUGCAGCGUGUGCUGAGUGAGCACGAGUGUGUGUUCCAGGCCCAGAGCCGCUGGAAGGGGGCCGGCAAGUUCAUCCUCAAACUGAAGGAGCAGGUGCAGACGGCGCGUGACGAGCGGCGGCGGGGCCUGUCCCUGGCGGGGGAGCUGAAGCGCUUGACGGGGCGUAGCCGCGGCGUGUGGAUGGGGGCGCAGGCUGCUCUGGAGCUGGGCCACAGUAAGGAGGAGCGCGCAGCAUGCUGCCUCCACCUCACAGAGACCUGCGAGUGAGCGGGCGUGUGUGUGUGUGUGUGUGUGUGUACAUACGCAUGCACGUGCGUGUGUGUGUGUGUUUGUGUGUUUGCGUGCGUUUGGAGUGGACACACGGUCUCCGCCCCACAGCCACAGGAAGUUUGUCGGAGGGCCUGAAGACGUGGUUGGCUGAGAACAGACAGGGGGUGGAGAGAGUGUUGUUCGACCACACCCUCUCCUCCCCCUCUUGGACCCUCCCUGUCUUAUGGAAUUGGAAGGUCCACAAAUGAAAUGGAGCCUCCGAUACACACACACACACUCUCACAUCCUCCAUGUUGAGCUCCCUCGGUGCUAGGCAGACGUGUGUGUGUGUGUGCACCACCCUUGAGGACGGCCAUGAAUACAAACAGACUCAGACACCUACAGCACCUUAGCAUCCAACUGCCCUCCACACACACACACACACACACACACGUCCUGUGAGGACAGAAACUCUAUGAGAGAUGUGUUCUGCCCUCUGCACUGACUGGGGAGAUCAUCCUUGUGCGGUCAUCCGCUGACUGGGCAUCUGGAGCCAGAGCUGGACGGGCCUGCUGCUGCUGCUUCUGGCCGGUACUCUUCUUCUGUGCUUUUGGGUUUUAAGGUGAACGGACUUGACCAAGCCGACAGCUGCUCAGUAUAGCAGAGUCUGAUAAUCAGACAGUACUGAGUUUUAUUCAGUAGGAAAUUAUAAGUGGAUUGGUUCUUUUCUUAGUUGCGGCUUUGCUAUAAUGUUGGUGAUUAAUGGUGAUAAGAGCAGUGCUUAUAGUUUCUGCUGUAUGUGAGUGUGUAUGUGUGUGCGUGCAUGUGUGUGUUUUGCACAAGAUAGUCCUAUAGGUCUCUAUGGCAACGGGAACUUCCAGCUGUGCAGUCGUGUCACAGUACCGGUCAUUAGAGAUAAACUGCUACGCCACAUCAUGUUCGCAAUGUAGUGUUAUGUUAUAUAUAAUGCACAGACAUUUUACUCUUGUAUAUUAUUGACAGAAGUUGUAUUCAUGUUGACCACAAGGCAACAUAACUGAAGUUGUAUAUUUGAUUCUGUACAUAUAUUUUGUAAGUUUGUUUUCUUUUUUUAAUUUAUUUGUAGAAAAAACAACCUUAAUGUGGUUCUGUGUUGUAUUUGUAUUUUAAAGUGUUGAUCGUUGAUAUCAGUUAAAUCACAACUGGUCCUUUCAGCUAAACAAAACGUACUAUUUUAAGAUGGAUUGUCUUUGUAUCAUUAGCUUUGUGAAGAUCUUUCUGCAUAUGGAUGUCAAUAAGAAGUCUCACUGUGUCCAAAACAGUAAGUGGUGAAAGCUAAUAUGCUACUGAUGUUGACCUAUUGAUGAAUAUGAAUGCUUUCAUUUGAGAGGUGAUUCGACUGCUCAAACUAGCUUUUAUACGUGGAUGGAGCGCACAUACAUACUAAUGGCAAAUUUGCAGGGUACUACCUGAUACAGUAUUACAUAACAUGAUUUCUAAAUGUGUCAAUAGAGUGGUUCAUUUUCAUAAAGCACACACACCUUGAUAUCAUGGUUAAUGAAACAUAAUUAUGGACAUGUCAGUAAACAAGGGAUUAUCAUCACAUCAUUUGGAAGUGAAGUUUACUGAAGUAAUGAUUUUAGAUCAUCCAAUACAGCUGUGACUUCAUGACAGACUAUUUGUCUGACUAUUAAUGUCUUCUCCUCUCCAGUAGUAGCAUUGGGUUACAACGGGCAUAAUCCUUUGAGUUUAUAAAUAUGUGCUUGCUGCUUGUAUGACCUGUGCAAGAUUGUGCCAAAAAAACAAUCUGCAAUGGUCAAUAAGAGCCUACUCGUCACAUGGUCAUGGAGGUCAACACAGGGCACAGUGUUAUUCUCCUGUUCUGGACUUGGU